UUGCAUUCAAAACAAAUCCGUGGAAAAUUAGUUGACUGCACAAAGAAAAAUUCCAGAGCUCGCAAAAUGUCUGAGGAAAUCCUUUUUGAUUGCCUCCAUGCGGAGAUAGUCAACUAUUGCCUUGAUAGCAAUAAGGAGCACGACCUGGCCACUUUGGAGUACAUUGGCUUUACCACCGGCUACCGCCUGAUAGAGCGGCUCACCCGCGAGGUGUCGCGUUUCAAGGACGAGCUGGAGACUAUGAAAUUCAUCUGCACCGACUUCUGGACGCUCAUCUACAAGAAGCAGGUGGACAACCUGAGGACAAAUAACCAUGGCAUGUACGUGGUGCAGGACAAGGCAUUCCGCUUCCUGACACGCAUCUCGCCGGGCACCAAGCAGCUGGAGCACGCGCCCAAGUUCGUGGCCUUCACAUGCGGGCUGGUGCGAGGAGCACUCAGCAAUCUGGGCAUCAACAGCACCGUGACAGCAGAGGUGCAGAGCAUACCGGCCUGCAAGUUCCACAUAGAAGUGAAUAGAAACUAGUUAGGACAUAAGGCAAAGGUUUAUUAAUACACUUAUAUAGAUACUACAGA